AUGGUAGUGACCCGGAGUCAGAGCGACGCUGUGGAGCUGGAGGAACAACGCCGCGAGGAAGAGCAACGGCGCGAGACCGAACGUCUCGCCCUCCAACGAAUCGAAGAGGAACGUCAGAGGCGGUUAUCUCAGGCACCCCCCGCCUCACCGACCGUCGCGACGCGCUCAGUCCGCGAACAACCGACGACUAGCGCGACGAUCGAACCCGCGCCCCUCACCGCGGGCGCCCCGCACCUCACCGCGGGCGCCCCGCACCUCACCGCCGGUACCGCGCCCCUCACCGUCGGCACCGCGCCCCGCACCGCCGCCCCCGCUGCGACACGACGCGUUGCAGAUACACUGCGCGGAUCGCUCGCGCCCUCCAUACGUUCGACGAAUGCUACUGCAAGACUACGCUUGGCUGAAUUAGAAGCCGCGGAACAACUGGCGAAGCUUGAACGACGCAAGAUGGAAUUAGAAGCCGAUUUGAUUCGGAAGCGUCUCGCCGUCGAACAAGAGAACAUCCAAGAGGAAGAGAGCGCUCGUCUGCAGGAAGAGGACGUAUGCCUGGGACCCAAUGACCGGGUCGAUGACUGGUUCAUGCGCAUGGACGAGACACGGGACGAAGAACAGAAGCAGACCCGUUUCGAGGAGAGAGCCAGACGCCGCGCGCCGCUACGCUCCUCGCCGACACCUCAACGCGCACCACGUCAUCUCUCACCGUCGCCUGAACGAGCGCGACGCCCCCGACAGUCGCCGGAACGUGUGCGACACCUCUCACCGUCGCCUGAACGAGUGCGACGCCCCCGACAGUCGCCGGAACGUGUGCGACACCUCUCACCGUCGCCUGAACGAGUGCGACGCCCCCGACAGUCGCCGGAACGUGUGCGACACUUCUCACCGUCGCCUGAACGAGAGCGACACCCACUACGGUCGCCGGAACGAGACCGACACCCGUCAGCGGAACGAAGACGCCGAACCUCGAACGCGAAGCAAGGCAUCGAGCAAUUGGCAGAGGCACUCGAGCGGAUGGCGCGACCACGCAUCCGGAACGUCGAGCUACCCAUCUUCAGCGGCAACCCGAACGAAUGGCUGCCCUUCAAAGCAACAAUGAGAGAUUCAACACGUCUCUACAAUUUGAGCGCCGCCGAGAACCUACAGCGACUACGGACGUGCCUACGGGGGGAGGCACGCGAAGCCGUGGCGGCACUACUGUACACCGCAACCGAUCCGAGCGUCAUAAUGAAGACACUGGAACAAUGCUUCGGGCGCCCCGAGGUGCUGAUCGACCGGGCGCUAGAAGAAAUCAGACGACUACCGAGGUUGGGACCGUCUGCGAUAGACCUCAAUAACUUCGCGAUCAAGCUGCGCAAUCAAGUGUGCAUACUGGAGUCCAUCGACAAACGGGGCUUCAUCCACAACCCACUGCUGGCUCGAGAAGUACUUGGCAAGCUCAGCCCGCAUCAUCGGUCACGCUGGUGUGACUACGCAUCUCAACAUGAAGAGGACAACGUUCCCGAGAUCGUCAUGAUGUCCCGAUUCCUGACACACGAGGCGAACUUAGCGAUCUCCUUCAUGUACGCCCCGAGUGCCAGCACCGUCGCCGCUGCUACUGCUCCCGCUGCGAACAGAAGCAAAGAAUUAAAGGCCAGCACGAGUGGAAGAUCAUCAUUGGGAAGAAAACCAGAAGCCAUCUACAACACGAGCGAGCGAGCCGUCCAGUGCCCCAGCUGCGGAGAAGAUCACAAGUUGCCGCAGUGCCAAUCCUACAAGGCGCUGACAGUCAACCAGCGAUGGGACUUCGUGAAGGAGAGAGGUCUCUGCUUCAAAUGUGUCGCCUCGAAACAUCGACGCAUAGCAUGCAAGGCGCGGGUGUGCGGCGUGAACCAAUGUCGCCGUCCACAUCACGCUACGCUACACGAGGACCCGCCCGCCGCCGCAGCCGAACCGCAACCAUCGACGAGUGGCCCGGAAACAGUCAUGUCGGUGGCCACUACCGCCACUGGCCCGAGGACUGUCCUGCUGAAGGUCUGCCCAGUGAUCGUGAGCGGACCACGGGGGGAGGUCUCCACCUACGCCCUACUGGAUGAAGGCGCCACCGUCACUCUUAUUGACAACGAGCUGGCGGAGAGCAUCGGCGCAAGUGGACCCACACAGCCACUGAACCUGCGCGGUGUGAACAUGGCGCAACAAGAAGAGGAGAGCAGAUCAGUCGCGGUGCAACUCCGAGGCAAGAAUGAACACGCACCGUACGGAAUAAGGGCACGCACAGUGAAGAACCUUAUUCUACACCAGCAGACCAUCCCUAAGUCGCUACUGAAAAAAUACAAGCACCUACGCCUGGACAAGAACGAGAUGUGCUACGAGCUAGCACGCCCUAGAGUCCUAGUGGGGACAGACCACUGGGAAUUGAUCGUGUCCCGUGAACUUCGAGUUGGCGGCCCGAACGAACCCGCCGCAUCAAGAACGCAGCUUGGAUGGGUGGUACACGGAUCCGUACCACGCAACACCAUCAUUCAACAAGGGAGCGUGCUGCAUGUCUACGAUGUAGAACGACACGGGGACACAACCGACCAGUACGACCGACGUCUCGAGCAACUCGUCGAGGCGCACUUCAAGAUUGACGCACUGGGUGUCAGUCACAAACCGCUCGUGGGCGUUGCCAAUCAGCGCGCUCGGGACAUCGUGCAGAAGACGAUGAAGAAGAUCGACGGGGCCUACGAGGUUGGACUUCCAUGGCGUCGUGACGACGUGACCAUGCCUCCAAGCUACGAUGCAGCCUUCCGACGUCUGAGAAGCAUCGAGAGGAAGAUGGACGCUUCACCCGACUUCGCCAAGCAGUACACGGCCCAAAUGGAAAACCUGCUGAACAAGGGCUACGCAGCACCAUGUGACGGUCAUGAACGAGCGAGCACCGUCAGUUGGUUCCUGCCACACUUUGCCGUGCAGAACCCCAAUAAACCAGGAAAACUACGCCUGGUUUUCGACGCCGCCGCACGCAGCCACGGUGUCUGCCUGAACGACGAGUUACUAGAGGGACCGGACCUGCUACUGUCACUGCAGGGGAUCGUAUUCCGGUUCAGAGAGAGACCAGUCGCCGUCACUGCGGACAUACAAGAGAUGUUCCUGCGUGUGAAGAUCCGCCCAGAAGACCAACCCGCCCAGCAGUUCUUGUGGAGGGGAAACGACCGGAAGAAUCCGCCUCGCUGCCUCAAGAUGACGAGCAUGAUCUUCGGCGCGGCCAGCUCACCCUUCAUGGCUCACAGCGUGCGAGACCACAACGCGCAUGCUCACGCGCACACUCACCCACGUGCGCUGGAGGCCAUCACACACAGUCACUACAUGGAUGACUUUGUGGCGAGCUAUGAAGACAUCGAGGAGGGCCGCCGAACCAUCAGCGAGGUGAUAGAAGUCCACGCAGACGCCGGCUUCACUUUGCGCGGGUGGAACUCCAACUACGAGGGAGUCCUGGACGAAGUGCCCGUAGAGCUUCGAGCGACCCAACCAACGCAGUCGAGACGAACUGGGGUUCAACACGUCGCUCAAUAG